AUGACGCAGAAACGUCACUCCUUACUAAAGCCGCUGAACAAAGCUGGGAAAAGUUAUUUUUACUGCAUUCGAAUUGACUGUAAACACGAUGCUGGGGAAAAUCAUUUGGAAACGCCGCAUAUCAUAAACGUGGAAAGAAAUGGAAAUGUUCUUUAUACUUGGAAGGGACCCCAGGAAUGCACCCACGUUGGAUUGUACGAUGAUGAUGAUAAAAAAAACCAGGUUACAAGCCAGUUUGUUUCCAACAAAACUGUAUCUUUUGCGGUGAACUCAGCAAACAUGAAGUCUGUUCCUAAAUGUCUGACCUUGCUCAUUGAAAUUCACCCGCUUAAUAAUGUGAAAGUUUUGAAGGCUGUGGAUAGCUUGGUCAGAGUACAAUUUCUAUAUCCCGUUGCAGAUAAAACCUCGUUGUCAAGUAGCUGCCUCCUACUCAUUUCAGAAGAUAAAUAUGCUGAAAAAUUGGACAUCAGAACUGUCAAAGAAGGAGACUGGGUGACGAUCGAAAAUUUGAGUCGGCUUUCGAAGGAGAGAAUUGCCGAUGAUCUGAUUUGGUCCCAGUGGGACAUGCGAGAACAAAGACUCUUCUACAUUGUCACAAAGAAAGAACGGGACACAUUAAAUUGCAUCCAAUUUUACCCCAAUAAAGACUUUAAACUAAUACUCGAAGCACCUUUAGAGAUCUCUGUGGCUGACAUAAGAUUAAAAUCUGUGAACUUGAAUUAUAGCUGUUAUCAAGACCAAGAAGUUACACCCAAACCUUUGGACGUGCAUAUUUUUACCAGCGACACAGGAAGCUUGUGUUUGUGUUACAGCCUGGCCGCUACGAAUGCCAAAGAAGUGACAUAUUCUGUGGCUUUCCUACACAAAGGCUAUAGUAAAACAUAUACUAGCACUUUGGAAGAAAUGGAUUCUAUACAAAUGAAGAAGGAGCUGGUUUUUUUGGAUCUUGGCUCUUACGUGGCUGUGUACUUACCUGGACAGUUCCUACAUCUUCUGAACACCCAGUACCCUGACCUCACGUGCCACAGUUUGUUUCUAACAGCUGAAGAUGCAGAAAUCAAUCAACUGAACGCUGACGCCGUCUUUUCCCCGGCCAAAUCGAGCAUCUGGGAUCGCAGCACAGGAAAAAUAUUUGCCGUGGAAAUGAACCCAAAGGCCUUGCUGCAAUUCCUGUGGAAGAGCCAGUCGGAUAGUGACAAAUUAGCAGCCUUGCACUGUCUUCUUCUACACGUUGGAAGCACGACGGAGUUAGAAAACCAGAUCAUCCACUGGAUUUCCGACAACGCGUCGGCUUGUUUUGCAUUUGAUCCCAUACAGGAACUAAUCAUUGCUUCUUUACACUGGAAAAUGUGCUUGGAAUCCAGCAGCCUGGAUAAGCUUUUACCGUACACGUCACUGCUGAACUGGAAGAAGGAUAUUCCUGGAAUUCGGUGUACAACAUACAUUAUCUCAUUACCCUCUUUAAAGGUGCGAAACUGCAAAGGCUUCUGGGAAAAGUUGAAUUUGAACCUGGAAUACAUGAAGUGUGUCGAAACGCCCUUGCAUUUCAGCCACACGGUGCUGAAGAGGGAAUGGGAUAAACUGCUUUCCGAGGAGAAGACUGCAUCCAGGACUUCUUACGUCAAAAGCAUAUUUGAAAACACGAAAAAGGUGCUGUCCAGUUUGCCCACGUGGGAAACAGAAGAAAGAAUAGCUCCUCUUUUUCAAGAUGAGGAUUACCACCAACGCUUGCUAACAGGAUUGAUGGUGGCACAGUUGAAAGAUCACCUCCUGAGACCCCUGCAGUAUGUCGGCAAAAAGAAGAUAGAUCAAAUAGCAGUAGAUUACGUUUCGAAACUGCUGGACCUAAUCUGUCGGAUGUUGGAGAACAUUUGGAGGAAAUACAGUCUUCGCUCCUUGUCCUAUUCCUUAAUGGGAUUCCACACUCUGCACCUGGAGGUGGGGAUGAGGUGCUUCCCUUUGCACACCGUCCUGCAGUACAUCGACCACGGAGUUCUGCACCUAACAGAAAAGUACGUCCUGAAUCUUUGGAAAGAGUUAGACGACACUGAAAAGAACGUGAAGCUCAAGCUGAGUAUCUUUACAAGGCUUCCCCAGGCAAUCGGUUGCAAGGUGUGUCAGCUGUGGACCCAUUCUUUAAGCACAGGUGCUAUUGCGAGGAACUACGUGAAACUCUUGUUUGAGAAACUGGGCAGGGAACAGUACAAUAUACCAUUUACGGACAGAAUACCCACCCAAAUUGAUUUUCUCCCACUCAACUAUUUGAUGGCUAUCAUCACAGAGAUGGAACGUCAAGGAUGGGCAGCUUCUAUGGAAGACACCAACGUGAACGCAAGAUUGGUUGAAGAGGUGACCCUGAAACACACUACAAUGUUCUUAGACCUUUAAUUGAUUUCAUUAGCAAGACAAAAUUAUGAAUCUGGUAGCCUCGGAAUGUUGCUGGGCCUCGUAACAUCUGCGCAACAUCUGCAAUCCAGAGAAGACACGGGUAUGAAGUUCUUAACAUGAUGCCCAAAAGAAAUAUCACAACUUUGGUUUAUUGCUGACCAGAGUUUGUUAUAACUUUUAAAAAUGGCUCAGUGGUUCUGCAAACGGUUCUGAAGACAAAAUAUUUUAAAUUCAGGUGAUGCUGAACUUGGAAACGGGCUUUUUUUCUUUUCAUUUUCAAACCAGUUGCCUCUCCUGGAAGUGGCCUGUUCCAAAGAGGAAGAAAUCUUUUUCUGAAUUAGAAACAGGGUAUUUUGGAAUUCAGAAUAGCCCUAGCUUCAAAUGUUGGGGUUUUGGUUUUUUUUUUUUUGCAUCAAUGUAAAUAGGUGGACCGGAAUAUUCUGAAAUAAUUUUUUAUAAUCCGGUAUCAAAACGGAUGGGAGGUCGUCUCACUGUAACAUUAGAAGAAUAAAACUGAAUCUGACUUCAUCGUAGUAUUUAUUAUUAAUAGGAUAUUGUGCUGCUGAGCCCCCGAAGCAAUUGAGGUUCUGAGUAAAUGACAAAAUUAGGAUUAAAUGGAGGAAAUGUCGGAACGAAACACGCGGAGGUUAGCUUUUAAAUUCUUACCCGCAAGAUUGGAUAAUAUAAUGGACCGAUAAAGGAGGUGGCAGCUAUCGUAUUAUGUAUAUAUGAGAUACACCCACGAACAGGGUGCUGUAGAAUAUUGCAAUUGAGAAACCAGAACUUGGAUGUAAAUGGAAAUAAAUG